AGUCGGUGGGAGGAGGGAGAAACAUGCCGAGCGGUGCUGCUCCCUAUUGGCGACGUCGAGUCGCGACUCCCCACCCGGGACAGUCGAACGAGGUUCGAAGGCGAGCUCUUGGUUUGUAACCACGGUGAUUUUCCCUGACUAGGGUACGCGCAAGACUUCGUUCCGCUACCUACCCUGAUCAGCUUAGCGCGUUCCUCCUCUCUCAUCAGUGUCUGUGCACUCUCCUCGUGUCGGUUUAGUCGUUCUCGUCGUCUCUUCGUAGUCGUUAGUUGUCUCUCGUCGCGUCGUCGUCGUCGUCUGGCUUUGACUUGACUUUGCUACUCAUUUUAAAGUCUAGUUAAAUGGUAACGACUAUCAUCAGAAGAGAGACAAAGAUAUAUUAUUCUAUUUGAAUACGUAUUUGAUAUCGAGUUGUUGUGCGCUUAUUUGCUUUGUGAACAGGCGCAUUCGAGAGAACCGAUCGAAAAGCAGGGACACAUAGAAAGCAAUAAAGAUACAACGGGGUAUUGUGUUAGCAGAGAAGGAAAGUAGAGAUUGAGAAGAAUUUUUAUUUAAUAAAAAGGAUAGAAGAGCUUGCUACGAGAGAAAAGAAAAGAGGAUAUAUCACAAAGGCUACGGAAACGAAAUUAAACGAAACAGAACGAAGUUAAGUUCGGCUGACGUGCUUUAUUCGUCGUCAUCGUCGUUUUAACAGUCGUAGCAGAGUUGUCGUGGUGGUGUCGUCGUCAACGUCCUCUCUUUUUCUCGUCGAUAGAGUGUGUGUGCGCGCGCGCGUGUCUCUCUUUGCGAACGCGUCCCACGCGUGUGUCGCGUAUCACCGCCGCCGGUGAAACCGAGAGAAUUUGAACGAGGCAGAGGGUAAAAUAGGAUUUCUCGCGUGGUCCUCUCCCGCGGUGGGAGGAGGGUGGUGUGCACGGAGGUGCGAGCGCGAAAGAGAGAAAGAGAAGAUAGAAGGAGAGAGAAAGAUACAGUAUCGAGAAACGUGAGAGCGAGAAGGACGGUAAACACAGCGCUGGAGUUGGAAGCGAAUAAGCAGCAGAGUGAGAGAGACGUAUUACGGUGUGUGACAAACACCGACGUUACGUGCGAAGAAGGGGAGAGAUAGUAGGAGACAAAGAUAAGGUCGAACGAAGAGAGCAAGAGGGCAAGAGGGAGGGAGAGCGAGAGCGAGAGAGUGAGAGAGAGUUGGUGGCGUGAAGGAAGUGAAGCGACGGAGACGGGUGCGCUACUCGGAGGCGCUGUCGCUGCGCCCUAACGGCCGUUCUACGAAGCUUAGUUAUCACAAUGGCUUCCGCGAAAGAUUCAUCAGCUUUCUUUACAAGGGGCACGGCAAAUCAGUUCGAGCACGUAUUGAAACUGUAUCCGCAGGCGCUCAGGCUUAAGGCCGAACGAAAGACGAAAAAACCAGAAGAACUGAUCAAGUUGGAUAAUUGGUAUCAAAAUGAACUACCGAAGAGGAUUAAAUCACGUGGAAAAGAUGCUCAUCUCAAUCACGAGGAAUUGGUACAUGCAAUGAAAUGGAAACAAGCACGCGGAAAGUAUUAUCCACAACUUUCAUACCUGAUCAAAGUGAACACACCACGUGCCGUAAUGGCGGAGACAAGGAAGGCAUUCAAAAAACUUCCGAAUUUGGAACAGGCCAUCACCGCAUUGUCAAAUUUAAAAGGUGUUGGUACUACGAUGGCAUCGGCGUUACUUGCUGCCGCAUCACCAGAAUGUGCGCCAUUCAUGGCGGACGAGUGUCUUAUGGCGAUACCUGAGAUCGAGGGAAUAGAUUACACUACCAAGGAAUAUCUUAAAUUUGUUCAGCACAUUCAGACCACUGUAGACAGGUUGAACAAACAGACGUCAAAUGGUAAAUCAUGGAGCCCGCACAGGGUGGAGAUGGCACUGUGGACCCAUUACGUGGCGUCCGAAUUAAAACCAGAAUUGUUGGAGGGUAUACCGGGUUCGACGGAAAACGGUAAUUCGCAUCCGUCCAGCAACGGUGAAGCGACUGAACCAUCGGACGACAGCAAUCAAGAGGGUGCCGUUGUAGUAGUUGCGAACGGUAAAGAGCCUGGCAGCAUCGACCCAGCGGCCAUCGAUGAGAACAGCACGACCACGUCCUUCACCGAGGAUUCAAUGGAUAAGCCUGCCACUCCCAUAACCGUAGCCGUGCCGAGCGAGGACACGAAUGAUUCUCUCGCGACGAAUGAGAAUGAUGAUAGCAAUAAUACACCACGGUUAACGGAUAGCGAGGACACCGAGGACUCGCAAGACGUUCAGGAGCCGCCCACUAAGAAGAGUAAGAAGUGACCCACCAGCAUAGACCAACGCGUUACGACGACGAUGAUGAUGACAACGACGAGCAGUAGCAGCAGCAGCAGCGGCGGCGGCGGUGGCAACAAAGGAAAUGCCAACAGCAGCAGCUGCAGUAGCAGCAACAGCAGUAACAAUAACAGUAACAACAACAGCAACAAUAAAAGUAACAAUAGCGGCGGCGGCAGCAGCAGCAGCGUCAGUGCUCUCGGUUCUAAUUUAACGCUGAUCGCGGCUAGGCGUUUUUAAAGAAAAAUAAUAAGAAAAGAAAAAAAAGAAAAAAAUGGAAAAGAAAAAA